GACAAUCAACAGUAGAAAAGUUUCGAGUUUUGAAACCCUACAUCUGUAGCGCCGAUGCUUCUGACGUCACAGGACUCAAAAUGAUACAUUGUAUCCGAAGCGCGUUCUUCGCUCUUUUACUUGUUACAAUGUUGCAGAUUGUCUGCAGUGACUUUCACACUCUGGCACAUCUGAGAGCGAAAGCCAGCGAUAAAACUCAGUCCAGAGCUGUGGUGGAUCUGCUCAAACGACUGCUGGGAAACAGAUCUCGGGAUUUUAUCGUGUCAGUCAACAGGACUUUGUCAAAUGACAGUUUAGAUGUGUGCGAGCUGCAAUCCGCAAAAAAUAAUAAGAUCUUGGCAGUGGGCAACACGGGGGUGGCAGUGGCCACCGGUAUAUACAACUAUCUGAAAUACUUCUGCAACUGUCAUGUGUCCUGGUCCGGAGAUCAGUUAAACCUCCCCCGACCUCUGCCCCCUCUCACCGGCGUCUUGCGAAUCAACACACCGCACAGGUUCAGGUACUAUCAGAAUGUGUGCACUCAGAGUUACACCACUGUAUGGUGGGACUGGCAGAGAUGGCAAAGAGAAAUCGAUUGGAUGGCACUGAAUGGCAUAAACCUGCCUCUGGCAUUCACUGGGCAGGAGGCGCUAUGGCAAGAGGUGUAUUUGUGUCUUGGUCUUAACCAGACUGAGAUCGAUCGCUUCUUCACAGGUCCAGGUUUUCUAGCUUGGAACCGUAUGGGAAACCUCUUUCAGUGGGGUGGACCACUUCCCCAGUCUUGGCAUGUUAAACAGCUCUAUUUGCAGUUUAAAAUCUUGGACAGAAUGAGAGCUUUUGGGAUGAUACCUGUAUUGCCCGCUUUCUCGGGAAUUGUACCUGAAGGUAUUACCAGGUUGUUUCCCAAAGCAAACGUGACUAAGCUGAGCCCUUGGAGCCAUUUUAACUGCACAUACUCCUGCGCUUAUGUGCUGGACCCACGAGACCCGCUCUUCCAGCGAAUCGGAGCACUCUUCCUGUCCCAGGUCAUCAAGGAGUUUGGAACAGACCACAUUUACAACACAGACACUUUCAAUGAGAUGAUCCCUGCCUCCUCUGACCCCACAUACUUGGCGUCUAUUAGUCGUGCUGUUUUCAGUACUAUGACUUCAGUGGAUUCUGAAGCAAUCUGGCUGAUGCAGGGUUGGCUCUUCAUCAGUGACCCUUUAUUCUGGAGACCGGACCAGGUCAAGGCUUUGUUACACGGUGUCCCCCUGGGGCGAAUGAUUGUCCUGGAUCUCUUCGCUGAAUCCAUGCCUGUUUACUCUUCCACUAACUCCUUCUACGGCCAGCCUUUUAUUUGGUGCAUGCUGCAAAAUUUUGGGGGGAAUAGUGGUCUGUUUGGAACUGUGGAUCGUAUUAACUCUGGCCCUUUUGACGCCCUCCGAUUCCCCAAUUCCACCCUGGUCGGGUUGGGUUUGACUCCUGAGGGCAUCGAACAAAACCCGGUAGUUUAUGAGCUCAUGAGUGAGCUGGCCUGGCAAAAAGAACCCGUCAACCUUUUCAAGUGGGUGUCGCUGUAUGCCUUGCGUCGCUACGGUAGCCUGGACGAGAACCUGGUGUUGGCGUGGCGACUUCUGUUUCAUAGCGUGUACAACUGCACUCUUCCACAAUAUAAGAACCACAACCGGAGUCCUCUGGUACAUCGGCCGUCGCUGCAUAUGCAAACGGACAUUUGGUAUGAACCAGCUGACUUCUACAAUGCAUGGAAGCUGCUUUUUGAGGCCGCGCCAAGACUAGUCACUAUGGAAACCUUCCGAUAUGAUCUUGUGGAUGUGACGAGACAAGCCCUUCAGCUUCUUACGACAGAAUUCUACAAGGAAAUAAGAGACGCAUUCCAGGCCCAAAAGCUUCCCGAGCUCCUGACCGCUGGUGGUGUUCUUGUCUAUGAUCUAUUACCUGAAUUGGACCGUCUCCUAUCCAGCAAUGAGCACUUCCUGUUGGGGGUGUGGCUUGAGCAGGCACAGUCUCAGGCUAUGGACGAACACGAGGCGCUGCUGUAUGAUAUGAACGCUCGAAAUCAGGUCACACUUUGGGGGCCCGACGGCAACAUCCUGGACUACGCCAGCAAAGAGUGGGGCGGUCUUGUGGAAGACUAUUAUUUACAGCGUUGGGGUUUGUUUGUUAAUACGCUAGUGGAAUGUCUGGACAGAGGAAGACCCUUCAAACAGGACGUCUUCAACCAAGUUGUGUUUCAAGUCGAGAAAGGGUUUGUGUACAACCAGAGAAAAUAUCCAUCCAAGCCACUAGGGGACACAUAUGACAUUGUACGACGGAUCUUCCUCAAAUACUACCCGUAUGCCCUGAAAAGGUUAAAGUGAAGUGAAGUGAAGUGAAAUCUUGCACAAAGCAUUCAGGAAUCAAAGUACAAAUAUGAUGGGCAGCAACAGCCCCCCAUUUUUUUCCCCCUCUCCCUUUUCUUCAUAAAGAUGAGCAGCUAUUCAUGCGGUGAAGGUCUGUCCAGGAAAUGAAGGACACAAUGUUUUCCUUCAUGUCCAUGACUGCUUUGAAAGACUUUUUAUGACCUUCUAAGAAAUAUUCAAUGUCUUGUAGACUUGAGACAUUUCUGAAUGUGUUAUUUAUCAGGAAAUAAUGUUUACUGUAGCUCAUGCUGAUUAGUGCUCUCACGAAAGUAUGUUUUGUGUUAAAGCAUUAAGGAAGUCUUUAAGCAUGGUGCCACUAAGUGUGUCUGCAGCACAGCUACCGUUUAAUUUUUUUAUGCACAAAACAUACUCUACAAAAUUGUACACAUUGUUGCGUUCCGAAAUGUGUCAUAACAAUUCAUAACGUUAUGCAAGUACUUGUCACAUCCUCAGCUUUGCCACAAGGGGUGCUAUACAGGGCAUUAGUGUAAACUGUUUUUCAACUGCCAUUUUUUUUUUUUUUUUUCAGGUCAAGCAGUGUCACGGUUGAGUUAAAGAGUAAGUUAAACUGUUGACAUGUUUAUAGCUAGCUACCUGAAUGAUAACAUAUCAUUACCUUCAUGACAUUUGAAGGUAAUUACCGGCCCUUUAAUACUAAGGUUGGGAGGGUUAAUUUUGAAAUGUAUUCCACUACAGAUUACAGAAUACAUGCUGUAAAAUGUAAUUUGUAACGUAUUUAGUUAGAUUACUCAAGGUCAGUAACUUAUUCUAAAUACUUUGGAUUACUUUUUCAGCACUGGUAGAUUUUUUUUCACUUGUUUUGACUAUAAAAACUCUGCCAGUACAGUAAGACAAAAUACACAUUAAAAAUACAUUCUCUGAAAAACAUAAAUAUAUUAUGCUGUGUUGUUUCUAAAUCAAGAUUAAUCUAAUUGAUCUUGUUUUAAGGGUUUUUAGGUAUUUUUAUCGGAAAACAAUACAACAAUUAUUAUCAAGAAUACCCUAAUAUCAAAGAUAUUACUAGAAAAAAAGAAAUUAUGAUCCAAUGUGAAUUUUCUUGAUAUAAUAAAUAUGAUCGUGUCUGGUAGCAUGUGCAUGUAAAAUGGCUAUAAAUAGCAUUUUAGCUUAGCGUAACGCUGACAAUUUACACAAGGUUUAUUUCUAUUUCUUCUGCUCCAAACUUACUUCAAACGUACUUCUCUGUCUGCUCGUAUGAAUGUAACACAUCAUUAGAAAGUGUUUCACCGCUGUUCAAAUGCACUUUGAAUCACAUCAGUUAUAUGUAUAAAUGUUUUCCAUCUGAAAGGACUAAAUAUGAAAUUAAACAAAUGACAAUAAAAGGCAAAGUAAUCUCUUCAGUAAUCAAAUAACCUUUGAAUGUAACUGUAUUCUAAUUACAAUGAUUUAAAUUGUAACUGUAGUGGAAUACAGUUACUUAUAUUUUGUAUUUUAAAUUCAUAAUCCCGUUACAUGUAUUACGUUACUGCCAUAGUAACGCAACUAUACACGUUUAGUAUUUACAAUGAGUCGGCACUUCACCUCUGUGUUUGCGUUCUUGUGUAAAGUAUAUCUUUGGCUGUAGUUUUACCACUGUGCAAGUAAAGGACAUUUUACUGCAGGAUUUUCUAGUGCUGAUUCCAGGUUUUAUAUAUACUGAUUCUAUUGGGCCACCUCUAAAAAGUGAAUUUUAGUAAAAAAAUAUCUAUAGACACUAAAUCAAGACUUACUUUGUAGUUUUAAACGAAAUGGCCAUUCCCUCUGUCUUGGCCUGCCAGACAAAAUACAGCAACACACUGUAAAAAAAAAAAAAGUCUGUAAUUUUAACGGUAAAAGACUGUAAAAAGUGAUUAAAGAGUAUUAAUUGUAAAAAAUACAGUACAUUUUAAAAGACAAUAAAAUAGUUUUUCCAAUAAAAUGUUGUAAAAAUGUGAAAAUGUUAGAUGUAAAAAGUAUGAUUUUCCUGUAUAACUACUGGGAAACAUUUACAUUGUUUAACAAGAGAGUACAUGUAAUUUUUUCAGUAAAUUGUUGUUUAAAUUACAGUAAAAAACAAUAAUUGGGCAUUCCCAGAAUUCCCAUCAGAUUUAAUUAUAUUUUAUGGAAAUUGUUGUGUUUUCUUCUUAUUUUUAAAAUCAGUUUCAUACAUUGGGGUUUUCUGUGUUAUAUGUAAUGUAGUUUAUUAAGUUAAUUUUUACGGCAUAAUUUACAUUUCACACGUUUAGUGUUUGUGUGUCUCCACAUGUUUAUUGGUCAUUGCUCCUGGAAGGGCCACUAUUGAUGAACUUCAUAUCAUCAUCUGCUCUUCUGUUAUUUUUAUGGUGAUUAACAAAUACCUUAUAAAGCAGAUUUUUACAGUUUCAGGUUUAUGAUUUUUUUUUUCUUUUAUUGUGAAUUUUACAGAUUUGUUUCUACAGUGCCAUUGUGGUCAUGUAAAUUACAACAGUCUUAAUCUGUAAAAUGUACAGGUUGUUCUGUAAAGUUGUUUACAUUUUUACUGUAUUUUUUACCUAAUUAUUUUUAUUUGCAGGAUUUUUUUUACAGUGCACUUAUUAAAGCAAUUGUUUUUUGUUUUCAAAUUGGAUGAACAAAUAUAUUUGAAGUGAGCUUCUGAAAAAAGAGGUUUAGAUUGAACUAAGCAAAAUACAGUACAGAUAAUAAUCAGUAACUUCACAAACAUGCCAAAAAGAUUUGGUCGAAAUAAAAAAAACAACAUCUUGUCGAUUUAUACUAUUUUUAUCUUUGUUAUGAAAUUUGCAAAUCUGAAUAAAGUGCAGGUUGUCACCUCUUAAAGGAAUAUUUUGGGUUCAAUACAAGCAAGCUCAAUCGCCUGAAUUUUUUGGAAUAAAAUUUGAUUAUCCAAAAAUAAAAAAGGAAUUUCGACUUUUUUCUUUUCUUUCACUUCCAUUGUAAGUGUCACUGUAACUCAGAUUUUUGCUUUUUUGAAAGAAUAGGAGGGAUAAGUCGAUAUUAUUUUAUGUGGUAAUCAACAUUAUUACACAAAUGCUGUCGAAUGAUCUUAACUUGCAUUAAACCCGGAAUAUUUAAUUAAAUUUAAUUGAUCAAUUGUCACACAUUAUACAUACAUUUCUGCAUAUACAUGGUGAAAUUAUUAUUUUUCACAUAUCCCAGCUAAGCUAAGCUGGGGUCAGAGCGCAGCCAUGAUACGGCGCCCCUGGAGCAGAUAGGUUCAAGGGCCCAACAGUGGUGUCUUGGUGGUGUUGGGGCUUGAACCCCUGACCUUCUGAUCAGUAACCCAGAGCCUUAACAGCGCAUUCCUUUGAAUCAAAUAUUUUUUUCAGCGUACAAUUCUUUGACGGCAAUAUUUGGAUAAUUGACCCACGGUAAACAGUGUCCAGUCUUGUAUGUGCAAAAUUGUUGUGAUUUUGUAAAGCAGAAAAUGGUACAAUUUUAACCAUAUUUUAAAAACUCUCCCAAUCUGAUGCUAGAAAUAUAUUUUCGGAGUUAAACAUUCCUAAUACUGUUUCGUUGUAGAUGAUCAAUCUUAUUUAAACAGAGGAUCAGUAUUCAACAUGUCAUUGUUUGUUGAUUCUACAUUUAGCUCUUUGUUAACCAACAUAGAGAAAUAUAUUAGAAACGGCUGAAAAUGAAAAGCUAUUUUUGUAUUUUGUCAAAUAAAAUCCAGACUUUUCAUACUACUUUUGCUUUUACUUUUCAAAAGUCUUUGCAUACACGUAAACAGCCUUCAGGAUUCAGAGUACAGGAGCAAUUUUGAGCAUGUCUGCUUUGUGAUACUUUUAGGGACCUUGAUGGAGAAGGCUUUGCAAGUGGAGCAUGAAUGUGUGUAUUUAUAUAAACUAGAAGACCACAUAUUAUAUGCUGUUUUAUUAGUGCUGUUUGACAGACCGCUCAAGACAUUGAGUUCAUAACAAGCUGAGUGGGUGAAUAGACUCUUUACAGCUGUGAUGGUCUCUCAUUUAUACAUGACGACACCGAAGUCUUCAAAGUUUUGUUGAGUAGGUUGUUCUUAAUGGAAGUGACUCAUCCUCUUUUUUUCAAAGUUAAAAGAUUUCUUUAAGAUGAAGUUGGGACUUGUAGCAUGUGUGAACUAUUGUGGAAGUGUACAAAAGAUUUCUGUGAAUGUUUCUGAUCCCAAGGAGAUCUUGAGCUGAAAAGAGUUUUUCCACUGAUAAUAAACAUUAUGGUUUUAUACAAUACAUUGCGUAAGAUACAGACAAAUGUACCAUACACAGAACAUACAUGUUUUAUAUUUUGCACUAGAUAUAAGAAUAUCUUCAUCAUGGAUCCAAGACUAGUGAAAAUGCUUCAGUUUUGCAAAACAAAAGCUAAACAAAAAAUGUCAACCUUGAAAUAUACAGAUUAGGUGUCAAAGCGAGCUUGUUGUUCUGAGUUUCUUAAUUUUUCCUGAGCGUCUCUCCUGGUCUGUAUAGUCUUCAGGGGAACAUUUGGGAA